AUGACUUCCGUUGUACGAGCGGGGCAUCUAGCACCGUAUUUUAAAGCUUCAUCUAGUGUGAUUUCCAAUGGGCUCAAACCUGUGUCGGCCGUCGCCACUCCUGUAGACAAGCUGGUCUCGCAAUCCCUGCCUUACACCUCGACAGUGCAGUCACUCCACGGCUCGUUACCAAUUCAGGGCUUGAAAGUUAGACAAAGUACACAAUCACCAACUCAAGUCCGAUAUGCACACUCGGAUGUUGCAGUCCCCGAUUUCUCUGCGUACCGUCGCAAGGACACCCUGGACCCAACUGUUAAAGCUGAGGAACAUACAGAUGGCCGUAGUUCCUUUACAUACCUCAUUGCUGGCGCGGGCAGUAUGGCGGGCGCGUACGCCGCCAAGUCGGUGGUGACGCAGUUCGUGUCGUCGAUGGCGGCCGCCGCCGACGUGUUGGCGCUGGCCAAGAUCGAGAUCAAGCUCGCGGAGAUCCCCGAGGGAAAGUCUGUGACGUUUAAGUGGCGCGGGAAGCCUCUGUUCAUUCGUCACCGUACGGCCAAGGAGAUCGCCGUCGAGAAGGCAGUGCCUCUGGAGUUGCUACGCGACCCGCAGACCGACGACGCGCGCGCGCAACAGCCCGAGUGGCUCGUCGUACUCGGCGUGUGCACGCACCUGGGAUGCGUGCCGAUCGCCAACGCCGGGGACUUCGGCGGCUACUACUGCCCCUGCCACGGAUCGCAUUACGACGCGUCGGGCCGCAUCCGCAAAGGGCCCGCGCCGCUCAACCUCGAGGUGCCGCCGCACACCUUCGGCGAGGACGGCAUCCUGGUGGUCGGCUGA